UUACCUUUCUCUCUCUUUCUUCUUCCUUAUGAUGCAAUAUUAAAAGAACAGAGUCUGUCAAAAAUAAUUCCUCCGUUACGAAUUACUCGCAACAAAAGGGACAUUAUUUGUGAGACAUAAAAUAUUCCUUUAUUGCGAGUAAUUUAUAAUGGAAGGAGAUAGAUACUCCAAAAAUUAAAUAAACGGAGAAAGUAUUAUAAAAAAUUAAAAAAAAAAAGUAGGGUCCACAGUAGCCUAUAAAUAACUGAGCUUGACGCCUUUACCAAAUUUCUCUUCUUUCAAUCUCGGAAUCUCUUCUUCACUCCCAAUUUUUAUAAACCCUAAUUUCCGAAUUCCCUAAUUCAAUUUAUUAAUUUCAACAAUGUCGGCAAAGCGAUCUCGUAUUUGUCGAUCAUCUAGCUCUGGCUACACCUCCAUCUUCUCCGGCGAGGCAAUGUGGCCGGAAUCUCAUCCUCCUCCUCCUCCCCCGCCGCAACCUUCGCCGGAGAUUACUACUGUUCCGAUGACAAUUCUCCCUGAAAAUAAUUUUCCGGCGAUAGUUCCGAGGAAUCCACCGGAUUAUAGUCGACCGUCAAUAUUCACGAUAGUCCCGGCAACACGUGAACCAUUUGAUCAGAGUAAAAUGCCAUUUGGUGAAUUUCUUAUGAAAUGUUUCUUUUGUAAGAAUUUGAUCGAAAGUACUUCGGCAAUUUAUAUGUACAGCAACUUUGGAGCCUUUUGCAGCAUAGAAUGUCGUGCGAAACAGAUUAAUAAGGAUAGACUUCACAUAUCACCAAUGGAGACUGAGGAAUGAAGAGAGCAAAACUUCGCUGAAGUCUGGGAAGCGUGGUGCUUCCUAGGCUAGCUUGUUGGGGUAAAUUAGAAACUACUUCUGGAAGUGGCAAGCUUUCCAGUUUAGAGAUUUAAAAACUUAAAUUUUCUUAAUAAUUAGACAAAUUAUUUCUCAGGAACUAAUAGUUUGUACGUUUCUGUACAUCUUAGUAGUUCUUGUCUGAUUUUUUUUAUUAUUCCAGACAUUUUUACAGAUAGUUUUCUGAUUUAGCAUAGAAGCUAGAAGGUUGUUCAUAACUUGUGUACUUAUGAUUUUUUUAAGUAAUCUCUUCAAAUAAAUGUAUAUAAGCUGAAUGAAUAAUGAUCACGCAUGUUUAGAGUAACUUUUUUUAGUUGGCUUUUUUUUUUCUUUAGUAUGAACUUUGUUUGUUCUGUUCAUUACUUAUUGGAUAAUAAUUUCUGAU